AUGGCCCCGUACCAGAUGAGCGUGACUUCCCAGGCGAAGUUCAAGCCUCUGGCGAGAAGAAGGACCCUCGCUGGCAGAAUCGAGAAGCAGGAGAAGCCUGGUGCCCAGCAAGUCAAGAAGAAACCGCUCGCGUUCCUCAAAACCCUCGCCUUCCGCCCCAAGAAAGACCCCUCCGAGAACGCCCCCACCGACCAAGUCAAGCAAGAUUCCUUCAAGAAAGCCCUGGCCGACCGCGUUGAUGAGGAGUCCCUCGUCACCAACACCCAGACCCCAGCAGCCGCGAAUACCGUUUGCCUGGCUGAGAAUAAAGACCGCCCCUUCAGGCUCCACGACGCUAUUCCCAGGAGCGGCCUUCGAUUCCCAGGCGAGAAGGAGGGAAACCGUCCGAUCAUAGGCAAAUGGAAGGCUGAGAAUAAGGGUGUUGUCAGCCCCGUCUUUCACCAGGCGGCCGAGAUGAUCGAGGGUGGAUACUUGCAGGGUCUGACAAGACACGAGGACAUCACGGAGGAAGGUGGCAGUGACAUUUGGAAGCGCUUCCUGGGAAAGCUGUGGGUGGAUAGCAUCAAGAAGUGGGCCGCACAAGUUGUCCCAGCACCAGUUCACCAACCGAAGAAUGACGGAGAGCCACCUGGACUGCUGGUUCGGCACAUUUCCAUGUUCUUGGAGGCGGCUGAGAGGGCUGGGUCCCCCUGGGCCAAGGGCGGAGAUGUUUUCAGCGAUGACGAUGACGAGGAGCGAGAGUAUCGCCUGGCGGGAUUCUUCGUAGAUGCUUUGGGACAGUUCUAA